AUGAAGGCAGCUCUGGUGGUGUUGGUCAUGAGCGCGGUGAGCGCCUCCCUCGCCAGUCCCCUCGAGAAAAUCGAGAAGAUUGGGGUUGUCGAGCAGCAAACUGUGACCCUAACAGAUCGAGCUAAACACGAGGAGGAACUUAUGCGAAAACUCAACAACAAGUGCUCGCAGAAUGACAUAAGCAGCUGCGUCAUGCUGAAACUGGUCACUUACAUGAACAAACUCAUGAAGAAGGUGUCCAUCGAGUUGACGGACGACAUUGAGAUCAAGAAGACGAGUCAUGCGACUGAGGAAGUCAUUACUUACGAAUCCGGCAGGAGCAACGACGAGGACUCUGAGUUCCUGGACUUGGUGUCCAGCAAGGUCUUCGCUUUUCUCAAGUCCAGGAGCAUCAAGUGGAGAGUCCUCCCUGAGGAUGAUGUCGUUGUGUCGGCAUCGGAGGACGAGACUGGCUCACUGAACCUCGGUCUGUCCAUCGAGAGAUCCGACAAUCCAAUUUCAGAAGGACGAGGAAAGAAGAACAACAUGGGGCCACUCCUUGCGGCGGCAGUCCUCAAGAUCGGUCUGAUAGGUGCCCUAGCCUUCAAGGGUCUGGCACUCCUCGUGGGCAAGGCCCUCCUCCUCUCGAAGAUAGCCCUCCUCCUGGCCAGUAUAAUUGGCCUGAAGAAGCUCUUCUCACACCAAAAGCACGUUACCUACGAGGUAGUGGCCCACCCGCACCACUCCUCCAGUCACUCAUACAGCUCUGAUCACGGUCACGGUGGUGACAGUUACUCGAGCGGUUGGGCGAGGAACUUCCACAGCCAGGCAGUACCGGCUGAGCAGCAGCGCACAGCCCAAGAGCUCGCCUACUCGGCUCACAUUCCGUCGGCCUGA